GUGUAUAAGUUUUUUAAUAAAACUUUUUUUAAACUGUUAUUUAUUUGUUUUAUAGAGAAUGAAUCUCAUGAUGAGUUACAAAAGCUCAAAAUAUAUUAUUUAAUGAAAUUGCGUUGUUGGUCAUUAAAAGUUUCCCGAGGAAAUUGUGGUUAGCAUAAUUUAAAUGAUAUUCACUGCAAAAUUCCAUCAUUAUCUGGAAAUACAUCAACCAAAAUGGCAAUGCUUUUCUUAAGCGUGACUGCGACGAUAUUAAGCACAACGGCUGGCAAGUUAUGUUCAGGAUUGUACGUAAUUUUUGAAAAAAAACGACAACGCGAACACGAAUUGCUACAAGAAGAUAAUUACACGGAAUUUACGGAAUUAAUCACAUGUGCAGAACCAUAUGAGGAAUUUUUGGAUGUCGAUCUUAGACCAAAAAAUAUUUAUUGGUUUUAUAAAUGCGCGUUAACAACUAUCGCUAUUGUAUUAACAUCAUUAUUGAUUAUUCUAGUGUGUUUUAUUUUCACUCCUUCCAUAUCUCCCUGCGUGAACUACAUGAGUUAUGGAAAAAGUACUGUAAUCCUACGAUUUAUUUAUGACUGCCUAGCUGGAGUACUUCUUCAAAUGUGGUUUUCAGUCCAGGCGUCAUUUUUGCUGUCAAUUAGACAAGUCUGGAAAAUGAACAUUAUGCAGAAUCAUUUACUUGCAUCCAUGGUUGAUGUCGGCUAUCGUUGUUAUUUACUCGUGCGUGGCAAAUAUCCGUGCAGAAAUGGACAUUGCUACGUUUUAUCAGCGGUUUGGUUGAUCAAUUCCUGCGUUAGUGCAACAAUAAUUACAAUCAAAUGUCAAAAUGGAUGGAGAAAUAGAAUUAAAUUGUUCUUUGUAAUUUCCUCUCAACAUUUGUUUUCGUUUGCACUUAUAUGUAUUAUUAAUGAAAUUGUGAUACCGUUCUUUGCUGGACUUCCUGGUCGUCAACAAAUCUUUUUUACUGUCGCAGUAAUGACUCCAUGUUUUAUUGCAAGACUAAUAAGUCGGGCUGCAAGUCAAAGCAAGAAUGUACCAUUUUACCCUUCAAAGCUUUAUUUAUUGUCGGCUUCCAUCGACAUUUUGGUAAAAUUGGAAUACCGCUUUUUGCAAGCAUACAUUCGUCGACCUGAAACGUAUAUAUUAAUGAGCCUUAUUCAGAGUUUUUUAGCUUUUUUCGAACGUAUCAGCAUCUUAUUGACUAAUUACAUAUUAAUGUUGUUUAUAAAAAAGUAUUUUAAGGGGCAACAAGUCAAUCUUUCCUCUCCUGUAUCAAGAAGAAUUAUGGCAGACCUUAUUAUCAUUGGCUUUGUAAGUGAAAUCGUAACAGCGAUAUUGCCCCCAACAUUUAUUUACUUUAUUUUCAGAGUGCGCCAAAUCCGGAUACAAGUUGGAGCAAAUGACGUGAUCUACUCUCAUGAAGAUCAUUUUAUAGAUUACUGCACACGCGCUGGGUCAACACUCGCUAUAACGUUUGUAUUUUUGCUGGCCUCGAUAUACAUUGUUAGCAGAUACGUGAAUUUACCGGUUGUAAUAUUGUGGAAGAAAACAUGGAAAGAAAAAUCUCUUUUUACGUUUUGCACAAUAGCGGGAGGUGUUCUUUACGGGGCUCAAAAUUUAAUAACUAAACCAUUUUAUGAAAUGAAAAAUCUGGAGUAUAAUUCUACGCAACCCAUCUUCAUCUGUAAUAGUUCUUAUCACAUAUUUUGGUAACACUUCAAAAAACCGUUUGUUCUGGAAACAAAAAUGUUUCAUAAAUCAGACAAAGGACAUGGUGAAUCUGCUUAACAGGAAUGUACGUGCAACUCUUAGAAAUAUACUCUGUUUGUACAGUUUGUACCUAGAAUAUAUAUUUUUACUUAUUGUCUUUAA